AUGAAAGCCUUCGUGUGCAUCGUCCUCUUCGCAGCAGUUGCUCUGGCAGCGCCUGAAGGCAAGCGUGACAAGCGUGGCUACCUUCAUGGAGGCUUCAGCAGCGGCUAUGAUUUUGGCCACAGCUCCUUCGACCAUAGCUCUCUGGACUUUGGCUUGAGCCAUGGCGCCAUUGUGGAACCCGUAUACCACGCCCCCGCUGCUAAAAUUAUCUCCGUCAACAAAGUUGUCGAAGUUCCCAGAGUUGUAGAAGUUAAGAAAAUCAUCUCAGUCCCUAAAGUAGUAUCAGUGCCCAAAAUCGUGAAGGUGUCUAAGAUCGUCGAAGAACCUCAUUUCGGACAUUUCUCCUCUGGAUGGUGG